CUCUCAAGUAGAGCUGUCAAAUAAACCAGAGGAGUAAAAAAAGAGCUAUAAAUCUUCCUCAUAUCUUGCCCAGAAUUUGUUUGUACGUAGAAUUGGGAAUGGAAGUAGAGGAGUCGUUGUUACCCCACUUUCUCCGCUCCCAACUCUCGAACCCUCUUCCCUUGUCUUCCUCCCCCUCCUCCUCCGAGAUCGAAGAUUCUUUGCUCCCCUCCACCUCCGACCCAGCGACGGCGUCAUUCCCCCGCCAGAAGUCCACCCUCCACCGUGCCCGCACCGCGCCCGCCAUGGCCGUCGUGCGCGACCUCCUCCCCUCUAAUCCCGACUCCUCCAAUACCCCUAACUUCGGCUCCGCCGGCUCCAUCCUCAGGCAGUCCUCCAUUCUUCUUCUCAUCUACUUGUCCCUCGGGGUCCUGGUCUAUUCCAUCAACCCCCAGGGCUUCUCCGGCGUCGAGACCCACCCCGCCGUCGACGCCCUCUACUUCUGCAUCGUCACCCUCUGCACCAUCGGCUACGGCGACAUCUACCCCCUCACCCCCGCCACCAAGGCCUUCUCCUGCGUCUUCGUCCUCGUCGGCUUCGGCCUCAUCGACGUCCUCCUCUCCGGCGCCGUCAAUUACGUCCUCGACGUCCAGGAGAAUUUGAUUCUUGAGGGUGCCCGUGCCGGGGCCGGCGCCGCCAGCUACAUCUUCGACGCCGAGAAGGGGCGGAUGAGGAUCCGGAUGAAGGUCGCGCUCGCGAUCGGCGUCGUCCUGCUCUGCAUCGGUGCGGGCACGCUGGCUCUGUACCUGGUGGAGGAUCUUGAUUGGAUGGACUCGCUCUAUCUGUCGGUGAUGUCGGUGACGACCGUCGGGUAUGGGGACCGGGCAUUCAAGACGCUGCCGGGUAGGAUUUUCGCUUCCUUCUGGCUGUUGGUGUCGACCCUGGCGGUCGCGAGGGCGUUUCUGUACCUGGCGGAGGCCAGGAUCGAUAAGCGGCACCGGAGGAUCGCCAAAUGGGUGCUGCACCGGGAUCUGACCGUCGAGGAUUUGUUCGCCGCCGAUCUCAAUCAAAAUGGCUUCAUCAGUAAAUCAGAGUUUGUGAUAUACAAGCUCAAGGAGAUGGGGAAGAUUGGAGAGAAAGACAUACUGCAAAUCUGCAACCAGUUCAACAAGCUUGACCCCAUCAACACUGGGAGGAUAACCCUCCUUGAUCUAUUGAAUGCCUCUAGAUGACCCCAGAGGAGUUCGCCAUAUACAGCUCCAGGUGAGCAGUAGCAUUUGUUGGUCUACAAAGAAAUGAGGGAAAAAACCUUUUUCUCUCACCCUUGUGCAAUUUUAGUAUAAAAAAGUAAGGCAACUGUAAAUAGAAUGAUAAUUCUUCUUUCUUUCCCUUUAUUUUUUCAAGAUGAAAAAUUUUACGGGAAAUUAAGGUUACGGAAAAUAUGGAUUCAAUCUCUACUUUGUAAGUUACUGAUAUGUCAAUUCUUUCAAUAAGUGGUCAUUAUUAAUUGCCCGUUCAUCAAGCAAAAAACAGAAAUAAUUGCUAAUUUCUAUCA